UAACAUAAAUAAAAUCUGUAUCAACAUGGUCUCUCUUUUAGUUAAUUGCACACUUAUAUUAAUAUUUUAUGCAAAACUGCUUCAAAACUAGAAUGUAUGAACUAUGUUUUCACUUAAAUAAAUUUAUUAAUAAUUCAGGUGCAGCCUGAAAUCAGUAGAUUCACAUCAUUACUUUCGUGUCAAACUAAAUAUAAUUUCACUUUUUAAAUGUUUGAAAUAACCAAUACUAAAAUUUAAUAACUUGUGCUUCAAAACAAUUAUUUAAUUUAGUUAAUAUUCUUACCUCUAAGAUGAAUAAUUUUUUGGAAAUGAAUAAUAAUUGGAAAUGAAAUUUUGUUCUUAUUUUUGUGUAAAAAUGCUAUUUGCAACUUUGAAGUCAUCCAAUGUUUAGUUUAUUUAGACUAACAUUUUAACUACGGUAUUGAAAUGUGGAACCAAAAUAUGGUCCAUUGCCCAGUAUCCCACAUCAACGGGUAUUUGCGAGGGGUGUGAUGAUUCUCGCCACACUUGCUGUUGUGUAUUUCACGUCCAAGUCCGACAAAGAGACAAUGCUCGCCAGACAGAAGGAACAGGUUCAGGGCCGUGGACAUAAUGUCGAUUGUUCUCCCGACUACUUAAAGGAUCUGAAUGCAUUUCCAGGAUGUGUGCCCGAGAAGUGUGGCCGAUAUGUGUCAGACCGCCUCGUCACAGAGGUGGAGGCGGACCUCCUGCUGGACAUUGGCCGACGGGGCCUGGCUCUAGGCAGUGCGGAGGGCGGAGCCGCCAUAUUAGAUCUCCACUCCGGUGCACUCUCAAAAGGCAAACACUUUGUCAACAUUUACUCGCUCAACAACACUGAUCAGCUGUUCUCUGUACAGGACUUUGCAACUUACAGAGUGGUGAGAACAAAGAUACAACACGCUGUGGCUCACCAUUUCGGCAUUGCUGCAGACUCCAUGUUCCUCACACAUCCGACGUUCUUCUCUCGCCUGACCGACAAGCCAGCUGUCACUGUCCAUGACGAGUACUGGCACCCUCAUGUGGACAAGGAUACAUACGAGUCUUUUCACUACACUUCGUUGCUAUACUUGAGUCACCAUGGAUUGGAGUUUGAGGGUGGACGUUUCGUCUUCUUGGAACCGGACAACUCCACAGUGAUUAUUGAGCCCAGGAAAGGUCGGGUGUCCAUGUUCACGUCUGGGAAGGAGAACUUGCACUACAUUGAGCCUAUCACGUCUGGAGUUCGCUACGCUCUGACAGUCUCCUUCACUUGUGAUAAGAAGUUUGCUAUUAGUGACCCCACCGUGCCUGUGACCAGCUGAUGAAAGGCCAGCUGAUUUCCCAUGUUCCUCUCGUGAUCUUUGUAUUUUUACCAGCUUAUUUUAAGCCAUAAUUUUGUAAAGACUGAUUUUUGUUAACUGAUAGAAUCUUAGCGUUCUUGCAUUAUUUAGGUUGUUGUAAAUUUCGCACAUUUCAGAUUUUCUAAAUGACGAUCUGAAGCCUGAGACUCUGGUGUUCUAUAUUACAAGUUUCAUGAUUUGAAGUUUUCAUGAGUUCUAACGCAACAUUAAGGUGUUGUACACUUAAAAUUUCAUAAUAAAUAAAUGUUAAAUAUUAUUUUGUUGAGGAUAAUAAAGCAAUAUUGAUAAAACAAAAUAACUGGCUGUUUUAAUUAGUUUACUUAUUAUGUUUCAAAAUUGAGCCGUUAUCAAUAAAUAAUAUUUGUCUGAAACAUUUAACUUUAAAAAGUCUCUAAAUUUUGAGUUUUAUCUGUGAUAUUUUUAUGCUGUUUAGAAGUUUAAUUGGUGUUAAAAUUAAAUCGUUUUUAGUUUUCCGCUAUCGUUCAUCAUUGACUUGCACUUUACAGCACUACAUUCCAGUAGCUUUAAUAGUUUGUGAUUAAUAGGUUUGUAAUAGGAUACAAAGUUUGCUGUCGGAAUAAGUUUCCUUGCCUAAUUUGUUUGAUUAAUCCUAUUUAAAGUGUGUGUGUUGGAAAUAAAAAAUUAUCAAAGCUGUUUAAAA